AUGUUUUUGUGUGUGUUCAACUACAAUCUGCCUAUUUCUUUCUUUCUGUUAAUCAAAAUCUGCUCAUUUCUUUCUUUCUAUCUUUCUUUAUAUCUAUCUACCCCAAUCUGUCAAUAUCUAUCUAUCUAUCUAUCUAUCUAUCUAUCUAUCUAUCUAUCUAUCUAUCUAUCUAUCUAUCUAUCUCAUUCUGUUGAUAUCCUGUUCAUAUCUAUCUAUCUAUCUAUCUAUCUAUCUAUCUAUCUAUCUAUCUAUCCCAGUCUUUUCAUUAGCUAUCGAUCUAAUUUGCCUAUUAUUUUUCUUAAAAGUAACUUUUUUUUUUAUUUUCCAUAUCAUUUAAACAUUUCUUUGCUUUUAUCCUCGCCAAUCAUCAUGUCUCUUAUUGUGUUCUUUCAUUUUUUUCCUUUUCUUAUCUUUCAUUUCUUCUUUUCUUUCUUUUCAUUCUUUAUACUUCUUUCUUUCCUUCUUUUUCUUCCUUUCAUUAUUUAUACUUCUUUCUUUCUGUUAUUCUUUAUACUACAUUCUUUUCUUCUUUCUGUCUGUCUUUCUUUCAUUGAUUAUACUUCUUUUUUUCUUUCUUUAUCCUUCUUUCUUUUCUUUCUUUCUUUCAAUAUUCAUACUCCUUUCUUUCAUUCUUUCUUUAUUUAUACUACUUUCGUUUCUUCUUUUUCUUUUUCUUUCAUUAUACUUCUUUCUUUAAUUCAUUAUACUUCUUUCUUUCCUUCUUUAUCCUUUUCUUCUUUCUUUCUUUCCUUCUUUCUUUCUUUAUACUACUUUCUUUCCUUCUUUCCUUCUUUCUUUCUCUCUUUCUUUCUUUCAUUAUACUUCUUUCUUUCUUUCAUUCAUUAUACUUCCUUUUUUCCUUCUUUAUCCUUCUUUCUUUCCUUCUUUCUUUCCUUCUUUAUACUACUUUAUUUUCUUCCCUCUCUCUUUCUUUCUUUCUUUCAUUAUACUUCUUAUUAUUUAUUCAUUAUACUUCUUUCUUUCCUUCUUUAUCCUUUUCUUCUUUCUUUCUUUCUUUCUUUCUUUCACUAUUUAUAUUUCUUUCUUUACUUCUUUCUUUCUUUAUACUACUUUCUUUUCUUCUUUCUUUCUUUAUACUUCUUUCUUUCUUUCUUUCUUUCUUUCUUUCUAAUUUCUUUCUUUUUUAUACGUCUUUUUUCUAGCCUUCUUACUUACUUUCUUUCCUUCAUUAUACUUCUUUCUUUCCUUCUUUCUUUUUUUUCAUUAUUUAUACUUCUUUCUUUCCUUCUUUCUUUCUUUAUCCUUCUUUCUUUCUUUAACCUUCUUUCUUUCAUUCUUUCUUUCUUCCUACUUUCUUUCUUUUAUACACUUCUUUUUUUUUCUAUCCUUCUUACUUACUUUCGUUCUUAA